AUGAGUUACUACAAUCAACAACCUCCUGUUGGUGUCCCUCCACCACAAGGGUAUCCACCACAAGGCUACCCCCCGCAGGGGUAUCCUCCACAGGGACCGGGGUACCCACCCCAGUAUGCCCCUCAGUACGCGCCACCUCAACAACAACAACAACAACAAUCAUCUGGUGGCGCGGGACUCAUGGGAGGAUGUUUGGCUGCUCUGUGUUGUUGCUGUCUCUUAGAUGCAUGCUUUUGA